AUGGCCAGUGCAAGCGGUGUUCCCAGGCGUGUUUCGAUGGCCUACAUCCUGGGCUUCAGCAACAAGCCGUUCAAAGACGGAGGACCACCUGCGCCGUCGCAGCCGCCACCGCCGCCGCCUCGCCAUCCAGGCGCAUUCAAGCAGAUGGUCACUACACCCGGCGGCGUCAUUGAGUGGGCCGCGAGCGACGGCCGUCGCGGCAGACUUACUGGGCCAGGCAAGCCACGCUUGACUUCAAACCAUCUCGCUCAGGUCCCGCCAGGAGAGACGGUGGUCAAAGCAGGAUCCAACGCCGGUGGCGCAAACAAUGACACAUCUGCCGACGAUGGCUGGACUGCUGAGCAAGACGAGAAGCUGAUGGAGAUGAAGACUGAGAACAAGGGCUGGAAGGCCAUCGCCGAAGUAGUUGGGAAGGAAUCUGGCCAAUGCAAGGCUCACUUCAAAGAAAUCAAGCUGAAAGACUGGAAGCCAGAUGUCAGCAAAGGCGGUGGAGGCGGCAACAAGCAGAAGCAAGGGAAACAAAAGGAAGAGAAAGGCCAAAAAGAGGACGCAAAGAAGAAAGAUGAGAAGAAGGGCGGUCAGCAGAAAGACUCUUGGGCCGGCUGUAAAGACGACAGUGGUGACGGUAUAUGGAGUGGUGGCGGUGGUUGGAACCUGGCUGGUGACACCUCUAAAAGUAGCAGUGGUAACGAUGCAUGGGUAGAUGUUGACGGUGGUUUUAAUCUGGCUGAUGACGACAAGAAGGGCGAGAAUGGGAAGAGCGAUAAUGGUAGCAAAGGCACCAAGGGAGAGCCUGGAAACCACAAGGAUGAAGAAGGCUUCAAAGCUAACGAAGCCACCUGGGAAACCACGAAAGGAGAGUCUGGUGGCAACGGCACAACAGGCAGUUGGGGUGCUGCCCCUUGGGGCUCACCGGGUAACACCAAGACCGAGAACGCUGGAGGUAACAUUUCAGGAGACUGGAAUAACGGGCCCGCCUUCAACAACUCAAACGAAGACAGUGGAUGGGAUCCAGCUCCUGUCGUCAAACCCCCGUCAAACCCAGACUCAAAGCCGCAUUCUACGAAGUCUGCAUCGCAUGCUCCACCCAAGCAGCAUUCCUCCCGCGAACCCGAGAGACCGUCUACGACAGCACCAACUGAGUACGAGCUCAAGCCGGACUCCACUUUCUCAGCCAAUGAUCUACGCUUGGUGGCCAGGAUCUUGCAGCAAGACUACCAGAUGGUGUGGAACAGAGUUAGUUGGAGGUUUAGGGACAAGACUGGGAGGGAUCUGCAUCCUGAGGUGUUCGAGAAGAAAAUCACAGGCAGAAUCGAAGGAAAGGACGACGAGCGCGGCAGAAAGUGA